CGGCGGCGGAAAGCGGCGGGCGCCGCGCGUCAGUUCCGGGCGGAGGCGGAGGCAGCUGUUUGUUGUGGCGGGGUCCGCCAUGGUGUGCGACAAGUGUGAGAAGAAACUCGGUACGGUAAUCACUCCCGAUACGUGGAAAGAUGGUGCAAGGAACACUACAGAAAGUGGUGGCCGCAAGUUAAACGAAAACAAGGCACUGACCUCAAAGAAGGCAAGAUUUGAUCCAUAUGGAAAGAAUAAAUUUGCAAUAUGUCGGAUUUGUAAGAGUUCUGUCCAUCAACCAGGGUCUCACUACUGUCAAGGAUGUGCCUAUAAAAAAGGAAUCUGCUCAAUGUGUGGCAAGAAGGUCUUGGACACGAAGAACUACAAGCAAACUUCUGUCUGAUUGUAUUGGCUAAUCAUUUUAUAAACUGUAACUUUUUUGUCUUCUGUACAGCAUCUUUUUCUCUAUGUUUGUGAAUAUUACAUUCUGAAAGAUAAUAACAUUUAUUUGGAAUGAGAUGAGAGAUUGAGGCAGCCUAAAAAUAUACUUAAUAUUUGAUUUUUGUUAUUACAGCACUAAUGUUAACUAGUCUUUAAAGAUAGUGGUUUGCAGCAACUGAUGCAGUUCAAAAUGAAAGAGAAGAUCCUAGAGGAAAGGCUGAAACUAUAUUACCAUCAUCACACAGACCUUUGAGAUAAAGACUUCAUUCUUUCACGAUAUCUGGAGUCUUCCUGCCUGUCCAAUUAUACAUCUGUAAAAUGUUAUUUAAAUAGGAGCUUGUAUCACCUCAUUGAAGUAGUAUAUUUAGUUCUAUGCUUAGAGGUAUUUAUGACUCUCACCCCAAACUAUUAUGUCUUCCCCUCUAAGUACUGUGUUCCUCAGAUUUUAGUCACUUAAUUUUAAUUCAUUAUUUGUCCUGAUGAGUUUUGUUCUGCCUACAGUAGAGUUAGUUAAAUCAAAAACUGUUAAACUACUGAAAUGUAGUGUGUUGUUCUGCCAAUUCUUACUUUGGCAGUAAGACUGAUUAGCUCUUCUCCUGUCAACCUUUAAAGAGGUUUUACAUAUGGCAUCUAGUGGCCCAAGGCAAUAAAAUACUGAACAUCAAUUUCUAA